GCUUUUCUUCCUUGUUCCUAGCUGAUGCUAUGCAACUCAGUUCUGCCAGUCUGGCUGGGAUGAAACUGAUGUGAGACCUUCUUGAAGCGCUCUGAGGCUAGGGAAGCUGAUCACUCACCCCAUUUUUCCUUUCCUGAUGUUUUAAGGAAGCUGUAUAAAGGAUUUUUUGAAGAGCAGAUUUCUUCUCAGUAUGACUUCAGAGACCACUUAUGUUGAAUUGAGUUUCAAAAAUGAAGCCAAGCCUUCAUGCGCCAAAUCAAGGCCUCCUGCAGCUCCCAAAGAGAAGAGCAGCCUGCACAAAAGUAACCCCAGGUUUCCCAAGGUGCUUUUUGCCUCAUUGCUGGUACUUCUGCUGCUAUUGGCAAUCUCAUUUUUUAUCGCUUUUAUCAUUUUUUUUCAAAAGUAUUCUCAGCUUCUUAAAGAAAGAAAGACUACAAAAGAGCUCACUCACACAGCAUUGGAGUGUCUGAGAGAAAAUGUGACCAUGGAAGGGAAAGAUUGGAGCUGCUGCCCAAAGAAUUGGAAGCCAUUCAGUUCCAACUGCUACUUUAUUUCUGAUACAACCAGAAAUUGGAUGGAGAGUGAGAAGAACUGCUUAGCAAUGAGGUCUCACCUGCUGGUGAUCAACACCAAGGAUGAGCAGGAUUUUAUCACCCAGAACACAGUUGCGUCUUCUGCUUAUUAUAUCGGGCUGUCAAACCCAAAGGGAGAAGAUUGGCAGUGGGUUGAUCGGACACCAUACAAUGAAAGUGGCACAUUUUGGCACUCGGGUGAGCCCAGUAAUUUUGAUGAAGAUUGUGUUGCACUACUAUUUCGUACUCCAUUAAGAAAAUGGGGCUGGAAUGAUGUUUCUUGUAAUGAACAUCACAGGUCACUUUGCAAGAUGACGAAGAUCUACUUAUGAAUGUUCUUCAUGAACAUGUGGUUGAAUUGGUAUCCACCAUUGCAGAGAUCUAAUUUGCUUUUUAUUCAUAUGCAAAUCUUUUGUAAGGAUCUCCUUAGAAGUUUUCCAUAGUCUGUCACCUGUUCCAUUUAUGAGAGAAUCAGUGGACACAUUCAUUCAUUUGUUCCUUCUCCAUGUGCAGAGAUCAUACUUUUGCAGACACAUAGAGGAAGCAUGAGCCUCCUUUCCUAAUUUUAAGGAGUUAGAUUUUGAUAUAAUUAUAUGUGAUAUUGAUAUCUAAUUAUAUGAUGGGGUUCCUCUGUUGGUCUGGAUUUUUUUUUUUCCAUGUGAGUGGUCAAAAGCAAAAUAAUCCCAACUAUUACUUUCCAUUUCUCUCAGAAAUUUAUCACCUUUAACUGAAGGAUAUUAUAUGACAAUUGGGGAAUUUAACACGCAUCAGUGGAAGUUAGGUUCUGGCCCUGGCCCAGUACUCUUUUGGGGAUUCUCAGCCUUCUGUGUUCAGUCUUGGACUGUCACUUAACAUCAGGGUACACUCAAAGGGGAAUCAAAAGUUGAACAUUAGAGAUUUAGAAUCAGAAGUUAUUCCUAGCGAGUUGACAUAGAGGUAUGAUCAUUAGGUAGUCUGAUAGUUUUUUUCUUGAGUUUUAUAGUUUCUAUGUGUAGAUUGACACUCAAAAUGGCUCCUGGUUUAUUUGUCUUCCCCUUUUCACUGAAGUUCUUACAGAUCAUUUUAUAUCUACUACAAUAAAAAUAUAUUUAUAAUGAA